UCCCUCGAACAAAUCAUUGCGGUGAUGAUCUCCACGUCCCCGAUGAUGGACGCCCACAAUCUCGUCCCAGAUGACCAUUGACUUGUACGGCCGAUCCACCCUGUGGCCUUGUAUUCGAUUCCAACCCAAUACCGAGCGAUUCCAGCGAGCCACCGCUCCUUCCUUCCCCAGCCUAGCAUCGCAGGCCCUCCGCGCACGUCCAGGUAUCGCAACCGCGCCUCUCUUCCUUGGUUCCUCCUCGUCCCUGCCAGGAGUGGUGAUCGAUCCGGACCUAGCUGCAUCCGUUUCUCCCUUCUGUUCGGCAGAAUCGCGGCAUUGCCGUGAACCCUGAAGUCUGCAUUUCUUCCUGGGAUGGACACCCUUGUUCAUCCGAUCUGUCUCGGAUUUCUUUGCUGAUCGCCCGCGCUAAAGCCGCCCGCCCCUGGGUACGAGGACGAUGUAGAGGAGCACAAGAGCAGGAGCGCGGCUUUGGGGACAAAAUGGAGGGGCGUAAUCCCGCGCAGAGAUUUGUUGAUAGCCCAAAGCCAUACAACAGAAGGAACGUGUUUGGAAAGCCAACAAGGCUGGAUUCUAACGACCAUGGCCAUCGCCAAGGCCUGAGAGCCUGUGGAAUGCCAACCAGGAUGGGUUCUGAUGGCCAUGCCGAUCGCCAAGGGUUGAAAGCCAGUGAAUUGGGAGCCAAGAUGGAUGCUGAUGACUAUGGCGAUCGUCAAGGAUUGAAAGCCUGUGAAUUGGCGGCCAAGAUGGAUGCUGAUGACUACUGCGACCGUCAAGGCUUGAAAGCCUCUGGAUUGGGGACCAGGGUGGAUACCAAGGACCAUGGCGAUUGUCAAGGCUUGAAAGCCUGUGGAUUGGGGACCAGGAUGGAUGCUAAUGACCAUGCCGAUCGACAAGGCUUGAAAGCCUGUGGAUUUCCAACCACGAUGGAUGCUAAUGAAUGUGGCGCUAGCCAAGGCCCGAAAGCUUGUGCAAUGGCAACCAGGACGGAUGCUAAAGACCAUUGUGAUCAUCAAGGUUCGAAAGUUUGUGGAAUGCCAACCAAGCCAGAUGAUAGUGACCAUUGCAGUCACCAAGCUCCGAUGAAGCCAGCUGAGAGAUUAGAUCAUCUUCUGAACCAACCAGCAAACAAAUGUUGUGCUGACUGCGGUGCUCAAGAUCCAAAAUGGGUAUCAAUGACUUUUGGUGUUUUCAUUUGCAUCAAGUGUUCAGGAGCUCAUAGAAGUCUUGGAGUACACAUAUCCAAGGUGGUUUCAGUGAAGCUAGAUGAGUGGACAGAUGAGCAAGUUGAUCUUUUGGCAGAUUCAGGUGGGAAUGCUGCAGUAAACAUGAUAUACGAGGCAUUUAUCCCUGAAAAUUACACGAAGCCAAGGCAAGAUUGUUCAGCAGAGGAGCGCAGCGACUUUAUUAGGCGAAAAUACGAGGUUCAACAAUUUUUGUCUAACCCGCAGCUUUCAUGCGCUCCACGACGCAACGACAAACAAAAUCACCACCACCACCAUAGUGGAUCUAGUCGACAUGGUUUAGGCCAUUCUUUCAAGAACAGCUGGAGGAGAAAAGAACAUGAGCCCAAAGCAGUAAAGAAAACAAUGGAGAUGGGUAUGGUAGAAUUCGUUGGAUUAAUUAAGGUUGAUGUCAUAAGAGGCACAAAUCUAGCUAUUCGUGAUGUGAUGUCAAGCGAUCCUUAUGUUAUUAUUAACCUAGGACACCAGUCCAUGAAAACGAAGGUGAUAAAGAGCAGCUUGAAUCCUGUAUGGAAUGAAAGGCUUAUGCUAUCGAUACCUGACCCAGUACCGCUGCUUAAACUACAAGUCUAUGACAAGGACACGUUCACCACCGAUGACCGGAUGGGAGAGGCUGAAAUCAACAUCGAGCCACUGGUUGCUGCUGCUAGAGCCUAUGAGGCUUCGACUAUCACAGAUACUGCACAGCUUAACAAAUGGAUGGCAAAAGAUGGCAUCUGGAUCCCCAGGGAUAGCACCAUCUCCAUCAUCAAUGGCAAGGUGAAGCAGGUGGUCACUGUCAGGCUUCAGAAUGUUGAGCGUGGCCACCUUGAGAUGGAGCUCGAGUGCGUCCCUCUCACUCAAUAACUGUCUGCAGAAACGAGUUUCCAGCAUUCUGCAGCACCAAGUAGGUACACAAACAAGAAUUCAACCAUACUUUCAAGGUUUCCAUGUAUCGAUUAUAGCUGUAUAAUUGGAAAAGGAUAUAGGAUGUAAGUUGUGACCUGUCCUGGGGAAUGAUUGAAGACCAUUUCAGCACGGCCUUGCUUGGUUUCAGGCUUGUUUGGUAGAAGUCCAGCUUCACUUGAUUUGUGUGCCUCAUGAGCCUCUGUUUGUAACAACCAUCAAAA